AUGUGCCGCGACAUUUACCACAACUACCAGCAGUGCCAGCAUCACAAGUUCAUCAGAACUGAAUCUUGCUGGCAAGAUCGUUGGGAGGCUUUUUGCCCCUGUUUGUCCUUCCCUGGGGUAUUCCCCUACAAGGGCGCGCAUAGGAGUACCGAGGAUCGUUACGUUCGGCCAGGUAUGUGUUCUAACUGUGAGGAGUCGAGAAAGAAGAGAACAAGGAGGGACUAUGAAGGAUUCACUGCUCAGCAGACUCAUGGUCCUGGAUCCUCCCAUGGUACGAGACAGGUGCAGGCACCACAGUCUACUGGAGUUCAUCAGGAGGUGAGAGCUCCUGAUAGAGCCCACCAAUACGGGGCAUAUAAAGAGCAGCUUCGAAUGAAUAUGGCACCACAGCCUGCAUCCCAUAGAUGCUUCACCAGCCCCCCAGGUGUACGCGCCCGGAACUUCUCCCCUUCACCAGGCCAAGGUGCAUCGCAGCCACGAAGACAACGCGAUGAUCCUUACGCAGGCUUUCCCAAACGCGAACGUGCCGUUCGCGGUCGAAAAAUCGGGUACAAAGUCGUCAUGGACAAGUCCGCACCAGCGCCGCAUCAGAGACUGUUCGAGGUAGCAGAUCCCAGCAAAUCUAGCAGUGCGAGGGAUCUUAUUGAUCGAUCUGAUACCGUUUCUCCUCUUACAGAGGAUGAUAGAAACGCUCCUCAUGUGGAUAUCCCAGCACAUGAUGAGUAUGCGCAUUGGGUAUAG